AUGCUGACCUCUAAUGUAUACCACAUUCGACAGUCAAAGACUAACUUGAUUACUCCCGGAGAGCUAAUUCAUCCUGAAAUUGAUGAGAUGUCUGUGAUGACCUAUCUUUCGCAGUUUCCGGUGGCAAAGCUUGAUCAAGUUGCCAAGAGACCGGAGCCCCCUGCUGAGCCUAUUGCUACGGGAAUCUUAGAAGGUUUGGACGAAUUCCCGAAAGUCAACAUGCCAUCCGAAUUUUAUGUCAACGUUUUUGGUGAUGGCUAUAGGCCCAAGAUGAAAAUCAUCGAUCCAGAUGGGAACGAAGUUCAUUAUACAGUAGUCGAAGAGAAUCCGCACAAGUUUCUUAUUAUUUACACCCCACUUCGUUAUGGUGUUCAUCAUUUGUCUCUCUCGCUAAGAGAUGUAGCUCUUGGCACGACUACCGCUGUUGAGGACGCUUCACGUACCGUAGAGGCUCUUCCCGUCGCUCGUAUGUGCUCCUACCCCGAUCGUGUACGUGUAGGUGAUGUUGUACCAUUACGUGUUGAAGAUGCGAUGAGAGGAGUAGUGGAAGUCGUUGUGGUGGAUGCGAAAGGAACUGAGCAUUUACUCGCCGUGAUAGAAGGUCCUGGCAAAGGUGUGCAUACCUGUGAGUAUUUGCCAAACGGGAGCGGAUUGCACACCAUCAACGUCUUCCACAAUCGGAAUCCUAUUCAUGGAAGCCCGUUCCCGCUAAGAGUGUCAGAUAGACAUAGCUUUUCUGUCUGGGGCCGCGGCAUCAACAGCGAAGGGAUCAGGGUUGGCGAUGUGGUUCCUGUUCACAUUGACGUCAAGGGUCCUACCGCUGAAGUUGUAGAUGAUUUAUCCGUCCAAGUCUUUGCAGAUGAUGGCGCUGUGGUACCUGUGAAGCAGCAAAAGAAGGGAUCGCGUUCUACUUUCCUUUAUUCUCCAGCAAAAGUUGGGGGACACAGUGUGCACGUAGCAAAUAAACUCGGACCCAUAGGACAAAGCCCGUAUAAGGUUGACGUUUUGCCUGUGACGAAAUCUCGAGUUCGUGCUUUUGGUCCAGGGCUUGAGGGUGGAAUGACUGAACAACAGAGCGUUUUCGGUGUAGAAACCAAUGGUGAUGCUGACAGAUUGGCAUUUUCGAUUGAGGGACCGAGUAAAACAGAUAUUGUUUGCCAAGAUCGUGGUAAAGGAGCUGCUCUCGUUUCCUACACGGUAAGUACUCAGACGGCUGGCGGAAUGAGAUAA